CCGAUCCUGAUUCAGAGAGAAGAGUGGUCAGUUAUGCUGGGCCUGAUAGAAGAAAAGCAGGAAUUGAAGAAGGCAGAGAGGUUCCUACAGAGAGCAAAAAGAGUGUGGAGACACCAGACAUUGAGGAUGGCAACAAGUAUCCAGAGCUGGUCUGUGGAAAACAUGGAAAGCAAGAAUUAUAAAGCGUCCCGCAGCAGCAGACGCUCUACGCCCAGACCAGGUGGUUGCCGAUCCAUUCACCACCACAACCAAAGUUUCCGAAAUCCAGAACAUGUUGCAAGAACUCAUCGGCACAGGGAUGUUCAAUAAAUUAGAAAAGAAUGGAAUUAAAUAUAUAGCAUCUACAAUAUUAAAUCUCUCAAAAGCCUUGAGUGCCCUAACGGAAGAAUUGAAAGUUGCAAAUAUCAUAGGGAACAGAAUGUGUUUUGAGAGAUACGAAUCUGAAAAAGAGCUCUCCCAAAGGAUCAUUAAAGACCUCAGCAAGCAGAAUGAGGUGCUGCAAUGAAAACUUGAGGAGGCAGAAGAAAAGUACAAAUCUGCACUAGACAGGAACAAAUCUAUGUCAUUGACCACAUCCAGGAGCAUUCAUAAAGCUGGUGACGACGACAUUACUUUGGCCAAGGAGUUUGAAAAUGUAGGCGAGAAGUGUGAGGUAAGGGAGACUGAAGCCUCUGGGGUACACGGGGACUCUGCACUUGCAUAUACAGCCCCGGCUGAGAUGACCCCAGAUUUCACCGGACAGGUGCUGCAGACCUGAAGACAAAGAAAACAGGCUUCCCGGAGCUGUCACUGAAGAUCCAACAUACAUGCCAAAACAUGACAAGAUUCCUAACAGCACUGGCGAUAAAGGACAACACACAGGAGGCCCCCGUGUCCAAGAAACCUUUGGAUCAAAUUUCAGGGAGACUAACAUUGCACGGAGUAUGCCAGAGGCCAACAGUAAUGACACCAAAAUAGAAGAGAUUGAGAACAACACAGAAGAAAUGACCCAGACAUCAGCCCGUGGGGUCCUUCCCGUUUACCCACAGCCCCUGGGAAAGCACCACACUCUUAGUGCUGAGCCGUCUAGGGGGCCUCCGACUCCCCGGCCAACUCCAAGACUGAAGGCUCCUCUCACACCCAGGUGGCCUCUUAAAUCUGGAGUCCUGCCCGUCCCUCAAAAGACUCCCAGUCUCCGGGCUCCUGUCUCUCCUGGGCAAUCCUUUGCACCCAGGGCCUCGUUGAACCCUGGAGGGCUCUUGUCUGGGCAGCCUCAGGCACUCCAGCCUCCUUUUCCCACUGAGCAAUCUCGCCCUGUUCAGGCCCCUUCUGCCACUGGGCAGCCUGUGACCCCGUCAGCUCUCCCUGGGCAAGUUGCCCUCUUGGGGACCCCUCCUACCUCUGGACAUCCACCCGUGUUGGGGACUGCCUCUGCCCCUGGAAGGCCCCAGAAAGGCAUGUCCUCUUCCACGAGAAAGAAAAGAUCAACACACACGUCAUUUGUCCAGCCUGGUUUCAAGACAGCCCGUGUUCCUUUUGCUAAGAACACCCAAAUCUUAGGGGUCUCUGACACUUAUGGACAAACUCAAGGCUCUUCCGAAAUGGAUUCCCAGGUUACCAGUCACUUUCCUGCAAUACCAUCAGCACCUGACAGCGAUGAGGGGACCCUCCACUCAAUGAGGAAGCCAGGAACAUCACCACCUCCUCUUUCUACUCAAGUACCCAAAACAUCAAAGGUGCCAGCUUCUAAAAGGGACAAGACGUCUCCAUUGCCUCCUGCAGACAAGCAAUGAAUAGUAAUUCUGGUUUCAAAUGGAAGUAUUCAAGAUGAUGGUGCCCCUUGUCUCCCCAAGAUCUUGAACAGUUAAUAUUUCAUUGAUAUGGAAGCUCAAAGAUCCUGAUGCUAUAAAUCGGGCCACAGAAUCUUCUGUGCUACACACAAUAUCUAGGAAUCUCAUAAUGGAGACACUUCAUAUGGACACGGUUCACCUGGGAUACCUGCUCCCCGAGGACAUUGCCUAUGGCUGAUCCAGCAUUCCAGAUAACUAAUUCUCUAAUGGUCUGGUGUAGUUAUGUAUUUAGUUUUCUGGUGUAGUCCCAAUAUCAAAUAUCCUUCCUCAUCGCCCUAGAAGCAUAUUCACAUUUGUGAGAGCGUAUGUUCCGAAAGAAUCUUUUAUAGAAGAUCUGUAGGAUGGAAGCUUGUGUAGCAUAGCAAAAAGAGACCUUUUUAAAGGAAUCAGGAAUGGCCAAUACAAGAUGCAUCUCCUUCAUUUCUGUCUUUGGCAGAGAUGUGAACACAUGUUUUGAGAUCAUGGUUGAUAUAAGCAGCCACAGAACCCAAGCACCCUGAUGUGUGAUGGCAACCUCCCCAGGUGUGCCAGAUGCCCACCCCAAUAAGGAAAAACAUUUUGAUAACAACUACCAGGAGGUAUUAACAAACUUUUUGCUCAUUGCCAGUAUAAAAGGGGAAAUCUGGCAUUUCAUUGUUUUCUUUGUAUUUCUUUGUUUUGGGUGAGGUUUAGUAAUUUCCCCUAGAUUUCACAGCCAUCUGCUGCUGCUCCUCCGCACGUGGAGGAGCCGCACCGGACCUGACGCUUGUUGUUCCCUUUUUUUACAAGUCUUUUCUAUAGUAAAGUAAGAAUGAGCAAACAGCGAACUCCCAAAGCAAGAAUGAGUAGAGAGAAAUGAGAAAGAACGAAGCAACGAAUUUCCCCGCGAACUCUCCAACGCACUCUCCAACCAACCCCCACCACUGUGCCGUCUCUCUCCUCCUAUAUAGUCCUCUCCACCAAUCCGUGCUCCGCUUGUCCUCUUGUCGAGCAUGCCGUUCUCUUCUAUUGAGAGGAUGAAUCGGCUCCUGCGGCUUCUAGUAGUCAAGAUGAAUCAGCUGUGUAAUAGCUGGUUACUCCUUAUCAGCGCCAUAUUAUGGGAGGCGGGCUUCGCCUUCCACAGGAGAAGGAUUCUGCCUCCCACAAUCUGCAUAUCAUUUCCUGUGAUGACCAAAUCCAAAUACUAUGUCCAGGUUUCACUGCCACUUCUCGAUCUUCACGUGUAGGAGUUUCAUCAGCAGGUCUCCUCACCUCUGGGCUGAGUUCCAACAGGCUCACAGCGGAGGCCUCCUGGAGCUCAGGUUUCACUGCCUCUUCUCGAUCUUCACAUGUAGGAGUUUCAUCAGCAGAUUGUGGAACAGCACCGCUUAGGGAUAUGUUGAAAGGGUCUCGGAUUGUGGGAGGCACGGAAGCUGAGGCUGGCACGUGGCCAUGGAUAGUUAGCCUGCAGCUUAAGUAUGGCCGGCUUCUUGCUCAUAUAUGCGGGGGAAGCCUAGUGAGAGAAAGAUGGGUUAUCACGGCUGCCCACUGCACCAAAGACAUGAGAGAUCCUUUAAAGUGGAGAGCUGUGAUUGGAACUAAUAAUAUAUAUAGGAUCCAUCCACAUGGCAGGAGGAUAAAAGUUAAAUCAAUCACUAUCCAUCCAGAAUUCAUUUUGGAAACUUAUGUAAAUGAUAUUGCUCUUUUUCAUUUAAACAAAGCAGUGAAGUAUAAUGACUAUAUUCAGCCUAUCUGUCUACCUUUUGAUGUUUUCCAAGAACUGGACCAAAAUACAAAAUGUUUUAUAAGUGGCUGGGGAAGAACACAAGAAGAAGGCAAUGGCACAAUCCUCUUACAAGAAGCAGAAGUACAUUAUAUUUCUCGACAAAGUUGUAAUUCUGAGGGGAGUUAUGGGGGAGUAAUUCCUCACACUUCAUUUUGUGCAGGUGAUGAAAAUGGAAACUUUGAUACUUGCAGGGAUCUGAGCUGCUUUGGGAUCCUGGAUUUCUGCCAGCCACAGAACACAUCCAGCACCUCCUUCCACGCCACAGAACACUCUGUGAUCUCCAUCCACACACUGGCCUUUCAAAUUCCUGAGAUGGGAAACUGACUCUAUACUGAAGGACUCUCCAGAAUGUGCAGUUUGAUCUUUAGGUUUAUAAAGUGGAUGGUUAACAUUUUUCUGUAGUAAAGCAUAGCCAAGAUGAGAGCUUAAAUUAUGAUUUCACAGCUAGAUUUACUUUGCCAUGGGCACAGUACACAGGCAAAACCUCCCCUUCAGACCAAAGGAAGGGAGAGAAAGUUUUACUAAUGACUUCAACUUUUGUAUAUAAGAUGGUCAUCAUGUUUGAUGUUAAAGUGAGAAUAUAGCUUUCCUCAUGGGCAUUGUGUACAUCACAGAAAAAACACUAUCAAAACAUGCCUGUGACUACAGACUUCUAGUUUAGGCCUUCAAAGAUUAAAGAAGGGGCUGAGCAACCCCUUGAUUUGCAUCCUCUUAAAGGUUUCUGCAGGGGGCUCCAAUCAAAAAGGAAACAAAGUUGCUAAGCCUUCUCUCCACAAGGCCGCUAAGCCUUUUCUAGUUUGCCUUACUUCCGCAUCCCGGUGACUCAGCAUUUCCAACAAUCCAAGAUGGCCCCCAGGGGAGGUACCUAGCCUGACAGGAGACUUCCAUAUUCGUGAACAGUAUGUGUCCUCAGCUGUGAUAGGCCCAUGAAGGCGUGCCCAGCUCGUGUCCUGCCUUACCUUUCUGCUGGUUGGCUCGGUUCCCUUGUGCCCUGGACAGCCCCCUCUCUGUGUCUAUAAAAGCUCUUCCCCUCCCAAUAAAGUCGAGAAUCCGGCUGCACCUUGAGUGUUGACUGAUCUCCCGGCUGUGGUGUGGUUCCUUUGCGGCCGACACUCAUCAUCUGGCUCGGCCCCUGAGCUCCCCAGGCUGGCCCUGAGGAGCUCUAUCGGACCUGCUGCCCCGUGACGAGCAGCAGGUUUCCUCUGGUCUGCUUUAACAAAAACCAGGAAGAAGAGAAGGCGAGGUAUCAGAAGCAAUUUAAAGAAAGAUGGCAGGCCAAUUAAUGGCUGCUUUGCACAGUGAUCUGCCAUCAAGGAACCCAACAGGCCAGUCCACUGCAGUGGCUUUCGUCGUGGAAGGCCAGGGCUUUAGCAGAAGUCAGCUUAUGAAGAGCCCUGGCAGCUCAGCCAGCGAAGAGUUGAACCAUUGGAAACAGAACUGCCCUGGAGUCGAAGGACGCCCAGGUCAGAGCCACAGAUCUUGUUGGCUCUAAACUGAAAGCCCCUUCACUCUGCCCAGCUUCCAAAGUAACCACCGCUACGGAGGAGAUGGCCAAGUAGGGUUAGCAACAUUACAAGUAGAGCUGCAAAUUUCCUGUUAGAGAUGCCACCUGCCUUUACCAGGCCAAGCUCUCCUCCCAGGCCAGACGCUGUGGUAGCGUGGGGGACACUCACCUCAGAAGCCCUGAGGCGCUCAGCGUGGGAAGCGGGUGCGCGUGCUCUGCGCCUGCGCGGCAGCCCACCUUGACCCCAGAUUGGCUGAGGGCUCAGUUACAUCACGUCCUUCUCUGCUCACAAAACCCAGCGCUGUCAUGCUGUCCUCUCCCCUCUCAAUUUUGGGCCCAGGAGCCGGUACCAAGAGGAGCAGCCACGGAGGGAAGCGGAAGCUCCUGUGCCGGCUGACUUACGUAACUGCGUUCUUGGUUACUUUCUAAAUGCUGCCGUGCAGGCCUGGAGUCUGUGGCCCACUACUGCUGCUGGUGAGUUUCAAGCUGGGUCAGUUGGAACCUUGGCCGGUACCAGUUGGCCACUCCCCCUAAGGGACGUGUUUCUGGGCUUUUCUAUCGCCUUAGAUGGAAAUUGCACAGCAACGUGUCCUGCCCUUGGACCAUCUGUUCUGGCCUACAAGGAUGAGAACGCCAGGAGAGGGCAGCAUGUGUUGGGGUACUGCAAUGGUGUUGUGCUGUUGACACCCACCGGGGUACUCAGAUAAAGACACUGCAUUUGAAUUUUGAAUCAAAAAUAGUGGGUUGCCUGGAUAAUUCACUGCUGCUAAAUGCGUUUUGUUUAUGGUUUAUGGUUUUGUUUAUUGGAAUCUUCAUCCUGGAUAGAUAAGGAAGAUUAUAUCCAUUGUCCAGCCUGGCAUCUGGCACCUAGAGAAUGCUUAGUAUGGGUCUAAAUGACUUCAUAAUAUCCUGCACAGGGGCCAGCGCUGUGGCACAGUGGGUUAACGCCCUGGCCUGAAGUGCCAGUAUCCCAUAUGGGCACCGGUUCUAGUCUGACUGCUCCACUUCCAAUCCAGCUCUCUGCUAUGGCCUGGGAAAGCAGUAGAAGAUGGCCCAAGUCUUUGGGCCCCUGCACCCGCAUGGGAGACCUGGAAGAAGCUCCUGGCUCCUGGCUUCAGAUCGGCACAGCUCUGGCCAUUGCGGCCAAUUGGGGAGGGAACCAGUGAAUGGAAGACCUCUCCCUCUCCCUCUCCCUCUCCUCUGCGUGUGUAACUCUGACUUUCAAUUAAAUAAAUAAAUCUUUAAGAAAAAAAUAUUCUGCACAAUUCUGCUAGAACUGGAGUGCUCAUUCCCCCUUCACCCGUAAAUCUGGAAGCAUUUUGGCCUGUGAUGAUACUGCCAUCAUUCUUUACAAUGACACCUUGUAAAGAAAUUCUGUGUUAUUAUAGUCCUGAGGAUCCCAAAAUUUUAAUGCCAAGCAAUAAAACAAUAAGAAAAUUAUGGUUAUGUGUUAAUUUUUACUCUGUAUUCAUAGGCUCUAUCAUUUCUUCUAUUUUUUUUUUCCUAUCUCUUCCAACCAAAAACAAAUCCUGUCAGGAAAAGUAGGAAGGUGGCCGGCACCGCGGCUCAAUAGGCUAACCCUAUGCCUGCGGCGCCGGCACACCAGGUUCUAGUCCUGGUCAGGGUGCCGGAUUCUGUCCCCAUUGCCCCUCUUCCAGGCCAGCUCUCUGCUGUGGCCAGGGAGUGCAGUGGAGGAUGGCCCAAGUCCUUGGGCCCUGUACCCCAUGGGAGACCAGGAGAAGCACCUGGCUCCUGCCUUCGCAUCAGCACAGUGCGCCGGCCGCAGCACACCGGCCGUGGCAGCCAUUGGAGGGUAAACCAACAGCAAAAGGAAGACCUUUCUCUCUGUCUCUCUCUCUCACUGUCCACUCUGCCUGUCAAAAAUAAAUAAAUAAAAAUAAAUAAAUAAAAAAGUAGGAAGGAAUACUUCCUUUUGAGCAGACAGGCACACCUAGCAAGGAAAGCCAAAAUAAUACACAGUCAACAGCGUAUUGGGAGAGUGUGAAUUCAAUCUUUUUAAUGAUUCACAGAAAU